GGGAAAAUAUUGAGUUCGGGAAAUUACUGAUUUCACGAAGGCGGGGUGGGACUGGGCGGGACUUCACACGAGUGCGAGCGUGAGGACCCAGGACAUUCUUACUUUUGCUGUCACCUGUUUAUUUGCAAGGAAGCCGGGGGAAUUGUUCACUACUGUAAAUUAGGAUUAACAAGCGCCUCUGCACAAUACUCUGUGCGCGCAUACAAAUCCAUGUGCGUGAUGAGAAGUUGAUGUGCUAUCGUCACAUAAUACAUUAUAUAAACAUGAAACAUUACUUGCCACUUCGACGAUACUUAGUCUACUUGGACGACCAUACAAGUAUGAUAAAUGGACGCCUCGGCUUGCUCCACCAUUAAUUAGGUCACAAGUGCUAGGAUUCCCGGUAAAUUUCUGGGUUGGACCUAACCUGGCCCAUGGCCUUGCCACAAGGCCUCAGUUUGACUGAGGCAGCCGAUAUGCUGGAAUCUGCUUACUCUGGCAGUGCGGCAGGCGAGCGAAAGUGGUGUGAUCAACCUGACGGCGGCCGGCGCAGCGCAGCGCUGGGCUCCGGAAUGCACAGCCCUGGGCACAGCCCGCUUUGCAGCCCGCCGCACCGUAGCAACAGCGAGGGCGCAAUUAGCAACCGCAGCAGCUUUGCGGCAGGGUUGGGCGACUCUGGGCACUCUCCAAGCGCAGCGCUGCUGGUCCCGCAAGACUUUGAACCGGCGGAAGUGCAGAUGUUGGCUGAUGCCUUCAGCGCAACCCCAGCGACAGGACCGCGAGGCUCAACUGACGCGGCACUGGAGGCUGCACCAGGCACUAACAUGAAGGCUGUACUGCUGGAUCUGCUUCUGACGGCGGCGGAAGUGCUGGGAGUAGUAAUAGCCGCGGCGUGGGAAGAACCAGGCGCAGCUGCUGCAACGGCGGUUGCUGCUGCGGCAAUAAUAACGGCUGCAGCGGAUGGUGCCUCCCUGGUCCACGCUGAUGCAGCAGUGCCGGACGGCCCACCGCCGCCACAGACCGCGCUGCCGGACAGGCCGCUGCUGCUGCAGGCCGCGCUGCCGGACGGCUCACCACAGGGCGCGCCGCCGCUGGAGUCCAGUUCCAGCACUACCCGCCGACGCCCCGUCACUCCAGCAGCAGGGGCUACUGACCAGAGCCAGCCGCCCCGCCCACCAGAGGUGGCGGACGUCAUUGGCGCGGUGAAUGCUAGGAACAGCAGUGCAGCAUCUGAUGUCGCUGGGUCGGAGGCCGAGGCUGCGGAAAGGGUCGGAGCUGCGGUGGCUGCUGAGGCAGCAGAAGACAGCGUUGAGGACGCCGCGACCCGGCCGCAGGGCAGGCUUGACGCCGCCGCGACUGGGGCUGAGGGCAGCAGGCUGAACGCCGCGCCGGCUGGGGCGGGAGGCAGACUGCUUGCUGUGGCCUCUCAAGCAAAGGAUGUAUUGGAGGCAUCGGCGACUGGGGUACGGCAGCUGGCAGAUGCCAUAGCUCGUGUGGAGGACUCUUUGCGGGUCGCGGCCGCUCAUGUCCAGGAGCAGCUGGCACUGGCGCUGGGACCCCUCUCGGGCGCUGCUGCAGCUGCGAGCGCAGCGGUGGUGGCUGCUGCUGAGGCGUCACCAGAUGGCGCUGCGGCCAUGGAUGAGGCCACUGCGGCAGCAGCUGCAAAGGCCGCCGCGACGGCUUCACGUAUUGCGGGCACAGCCUUGGCGCCAGCAGCAGCGGGCGGUUUGCUGGGAAUGGCGGCGGCGGGCAGCGCAGUGGCUGCAGUAGCGGCGCUCGCGGUGGCGCCUGCAACAGUGCCAUGCGCGCAGAUGGAGGCCGGCGGAGCUGCAACGGCGUGCGACGAUGAGGCUAGGUGCCGCGGCAACUCACGUGGUGAUGAUGAGCAGAUUGGCGGUCACGGCGGAUGGCUUGCUGUUGGAGGCCAGAUUGGAGACAGGCUGGGAGCCGUAGCAGCUCAUCAGCAGGCGGCAGAGACCAGCUUGGCAGCCGCGGCGGUGGCGGCUCGAGCGGAACUAGUACCGGCGGCGGCGCCAGCAGCGUCGCUUUGGGGAAGGGUCCCUGUGGCGGUGGAGAAUGCGGCGGGCAUGCAACCUAUGCAAGAGAGCAACUCCACAGCCACGAAAACUCCGGGGGGCAGUAGUGCACCGGCACCGUUAAUACCCGUCAGUGGCUACGCUGCUGAGCUGCACAUGAAGCUUCCCAUCAACAUCGUCACCUACAACAUCCACAGCCUGAAAUCAGUAAACACUGCAGCGGAUGACGCAGCCAACUCAGCAGUUGAGGCGAAGGCGGCAGCGGACACAGCGGCAACGGCAGCGGCCAGCGCGGCACAGCUGUUCCAACAGUUCACUACACAGUCGGCGGAAAAUGCGGCCGCGGCGGCCGCCGAAGACAUGGCGGCACCAGCCGCGGCCGGCAAGGUGAAAGCGGACAAUGAGACGGCUGCCCUGCGGUUGAAGCUGGCAACAGACGAGGCGGAGGUCGCGGCGAGCAACGCAGCCAAAGCUGCCAAGAUGGCAAAGGAUGCAGCAGGCAAGGCAAUGGCAGAUGUCGCCGCUUCAGCGGCGGCGGCGGCAAAAGCAGCGGCGAAAGGCGGCAGGCAAGGCACUUGACACGGCAAAAAGUGCGGCAGUAAACCAAGACCCAGCUACAGAUCCGGCUGCUGCACCGUCGCCGGCGGGGGGCAACGCGGAGAGCCAGCAGGGUGCCGCCGCCGACCAAGACGACCCAGAAAGUGCUUCAGAUGAUGAGGACGCGCGUGAGGCGGACCUGACGCUGCUGCAGGGCGUUCUCACCGCGGUGAUCGACCA